AUUGCUUUGAGGAAAAGUUUCAAGUAGGAYAACAUGGCUCGACUGAUGAUCUUGGCUGGAUUGUCUCUUCUAAUGUGUCUUCAUGUUGCUUCUUCAACCAAACUGGUGUGCUACUUUACCAACUGGUCCCAGUACAGACCAGGUGUUGGUAAAUAUSUCCCAGACAAUGUGGAUCCUCACCUCUGCACUCACCUGAUUUACGCCUUCGCACAAAUUAGCCCUUCUAGUGAGCUGACAACAUAUGAGUGGAACGAUGAGGUUCUUUAUCAAUCCUUUAAUGGACUGAAGAACAGAAACCCUCAGCUGAAGACUCUGCUGUCUGUUGGUGGGUUUUACUCCGGAUCAUCACAAUUUUCCAACAUGGCUUCAACUCAGGCCAGUCGUCAGGUGUUCGUCCAGUCUUCCAUCAGGUUCUUGAGACWGCAUGGCUUUGAUGGGCUGGACCUGGACUGGGAGUACCCUGGACACUAUGGCCAAAAAGAGGACAAGAGGAGGUUCACACUGCUCUGCCAGGAAUUACGUGCAGGUUUUGAACAGGAGGCCAAACAGACCAACAAACCACGGCUGCUGCUCUCAGCUGCAGUGGCAGCUGGACAGGAAAUCAUUGACAACAGUUAUGAGGUUGCUGAAAUAUCCAGGGUUCUGGAUUUUCUAAAUGUCAUGACCUAUCGCUUGUUUGGAUCCAUGAAUCAAAUCCUUGCCCACCACAGCCCUCUGUACACCAGUUCUGCUCUCCCAAAGCAAUUUGUCAACUACAAUAUUCACUUUGCCAUGAGAUAUUGGAGAACUAAUGGAGCUCCUGCUCAAAAACUCCUGGUUGGUUUUCCAGCAUUUGCACGCACGUAUAAAACAGCAUCAGCAGAUCAUGGAGUUGGAGCAGCAACGAAUGGGGCAGGCUCUGCUGGGCCCUACACCAGAGAGGCUGGAACUCUGUCUUACUAUGAGGUUUGCACUUUCCUCAACGGAGCCACUACACAGUGGAUUUCUGAACAGAAGGUGCCUUAUGCAGUCAAAGGCAAUGAGUGGGUGGGCUUCGACAACAGGGAGAGCUAUGGCAUCAAGGCAGAAUAUGUGAGGCACAACAAUUUGGGAGGAGCAUUCGUCUGGUCACUGGAUCUGGAUGACUUCAGUGGAAACUUCUGUGGUCAAGGAAAAUAUCCCCUCAUUAGUUAUCUGCGCUCUCAUCUUAGCUCAGGUCCAGCUACCAACCCCCCUGGCCCAGCUACCAACCCCCCUGGCCCAGCUACCAAYCCCCCUGGCCCAGCUACCAAUCCCCCUGGCCCGGUCAUCACAAAUCCUCCUUCUGAAAGCGGUUUCUGUGCUGGAAAGGUCGACGGCCUCUACCCAGAUGCCAACGACAAGCACAUCUUCUAUCAGUGUGUCUCCGGCAUUACAUAUGUGCAGAGAUGUCCAGCUGAUCUUAUUUACCAUCCUCCUUGCCAGUGCUGUGUCUAUAAAAAAUAAUUUUAUUUAUUUUUUUGUCAAACGGGAACGUGCUGUGCUGCUAUUUAUUUGAUCAAUGGAGGCCACAGAACAGCAGGGAGUCUUAGAAAUUCUGUAAGAAAUGUAAGAAGGGAAAAAAUAUCUGUCUACCUGCAUGGUAAAGGUUUAGAUUAAUAAUCGUUCCUAAUAUCAUCUUUUCAGAACUGUUACUAAAGUCACAACAUACGUCCUGACAUGACAUUCUGACUCUAUUUUUUCUUAGGUCAGCAUAUUGGUGUCUUUUCUUUCACAAAGUUUAUCAGGGGAAAAUGUCUUAAGAGUUUAAUUAUGUUUUGGUUAAAAGCUUUCUAUGGUGUCUUCCCUGGCCUUUCACUCAUAAUUAUUAUUUUUUUGUUUGUUUGUUGUUUAAUCUGCAGAACAGCUGAAACUUUAAGCAGRCAGUCAGGGCAAGAYAUAGUCAUGCUUGAUUUUGUGAUUUCGACUGUUCUGCUWGUACUGUUCUGUUAGUACUCAAUAAAUUACUKAAGUCUAUACAUGA